CCCCGGCCGUUGGCGGGGGCCGGGCGGCCGCCGCCGCCGCCCUGGUGCGAGCAGCCGCCGCUUCCUGAGGGAGUCGGGGCCGAGCCGGCAUCGCUCCUGCCCGGGCCUGGACGGCGCCCCGGGGGGCGAAGGAAUCAGAAUUGCUGAAAGCACAAAUAGAGAAUUGUAAAAUAAUCGCUUCAUUGACACUGACUAAAGGUUUGAGGAGUGUAUCUACUGGGAAAAAUGGGGCGAUCUAACUCUAGAUCACAUUCUUCAAGAUCAAAGUCCAGAUCUCAAUCCAGCUCUAGGUCAAGAUCCAGAUCACAUUCUAGAAAAAAGAGAUACAGUUCUAGGUCUCGGUCAAGGACGUAUUCACGAUCUCGCAGCAGGGAUCGUGUUUAUUCUAGAGAUUAUCGCAGAGAUUACAGAAAUAAUAGAGGAAUGAGACGCCCCUAUGGUUACAGAGGAAGAGGUAGAGGGUAUUAUCAAGGAGGAGGUGGUAGAUACCAUCGUGGAGGUUAUAGGCCUGUUUGGAACCGAAGACACUCCCGAAGCCCAAGGCGAGGUCGUUCACGUUCCAGAAGUCCAAAGCGAAGGUCUGUGUCUUCCCAGAGGUCCCGGAGCAGAUCUCGUCGAUCUUACAGAUCUUCCAGGUCCCCAAGGUCCUCCUCAUCUCGUUCUUCAUCCCCAUACAGCAAAUCACCGGUCUCUUCCAAAAGACGUGGGUCUCUGGAAAAACAGGCAAAGAAAACUGAAGGGGCUCCUUUGCAAGAUAGCCCUUUGAAAAAUAAAUCACAAGAUGAACAGAAAGAUACAUUUGAACAUGACCCAUCAGAGUCUCUUGACGAUUUUAACAAAUCAUCAGCAGCUUCUGGCGACAUUUGGCCUGGCCUUUCAGCAUAUGAUAACAGUCCAAGGUCACCACAUAGCCCUUCUAUUGCCACCCCACCUAGUCAGAGUUCAUCUUGCUCCGAUGCCCCUUUGCUUAGCACAGUCCACUCAGCAAAGGACACACCUCAACAUUCCCAUUCCAUUCAGCAUAGCCCUGAGAGGUCUGGCUCUGGUUCUGUUGGAAAUGGUUCUAGCCGUUACAGCCCUUCUCAGAAUAGCCCAUUGCAUCACAUCCCUUCACGGAGAAGCCCUGCAAAGACAAUCCCACCACAGAGUGCUCCCCGUGAGGAGGCUCGAGCGCGUUCAUUUUAUCCUGAGGCUGGAGAACAGGAAACUGCAAAGGGUGGAAAGUUUCUGAAAAGGUACACAGAUGAAGAGUCUAGAGUAUACCUGCUUGAUAGGGGUAAUACCAGGGAGAAGGAGGCCCAGAAGGAGAGAGGAUCAGAAAAAGGGAGGACAGAGGGAGAAAGGGAAUGGGAGGAUCAGGAAGCUUUAGAUUAUUUUGUUGAUAAAGAAGCCGGGAAAGAAAAGUUUAAUGACUCUGAAGGGGAGGACACAGAGGAGACAGAGGAUUAUAGACAGUUCAGAAAAUCUGUCCUGGCAGAUCAGGGUAAAAAUUUUCCUACUGCAUCUCACCGGAAUGCUGAGGAGGAAGGAACCAAAUACAAAUCUAAAAUAUCAAUGAAGGGCAGUAGAGAGAGCGAUGGAUUUAGAGAAGAGAAAAGUUAUAAGCCUAAAGAGACUGGCUAUGUAGUGGAAAGGCCUAGCGCAACAAAAGAUAAGCACAAGGAAGACGACAAAAGUUCUGAGAGACUAAUGAUGAAGAAAGAAACUCAGUCACCUGAGCAGGUAAAGUCUGAAAAGCUCAAAGAACUCUUUGAUUACAGUCCCCCUCUACACAAGAAUCUGGAUGCGAGAGAAAAAUCCACCUUCAGAGAGGAGAGCCCACUUAGGAUCAAAAUGAUAGCCAGUGACUCCCAUCGUCCUGAAGUUAAACUCAAAAUGGCACCGGUACCCCUUGAUGAUUCCAAUAGACCUGCAUCCUUGACUAAAGACAGGCUGCUUGCUAGCACACUUGUCCAUUCCGUCAAGAAGGAGCAAGAGUUCCGAUCCAUCUUUGACCACAUUAAGUUGCCACAGGCCAGCAAAAGCACGUCAGAGUCAUUUAUUCAGCACAUAGUGUCCUUGGUUCAUCAUGUCAAAGAGCAAUACUUCAAGUCAGCUGGAAUGACCCUAAAUGAGAGGUUCACUGCAUAUCAAAAAGCUACUGAAGAACACUGCACCCGGCAAAAGAGCCCAGAAAUACAUAGGAGGAUUGACAUCUCUCCAAGUGCCCUGAGGAAGCACACCCGUUUAGCAGGUGAAGAGAGAGGCUUUAAAGAAGAAAGUCAAAAAGGAGACAAAAAAUUAAGGUGCGACUCUGCUGAUCUUCGGCACGACAUUGACCGCCGUAGAAAAGAGCGAAGUAAGGAACGAGGAGACUCAAAGGGUUCCAGGGAAUCCAGUGGGUCAAGAAAGCAGGAGAAAACUGCAAAAGAUUACAAGGAUUACAAAUCUUACAAAGAUGACAGUAAACAAAAAAGAGAGCAAGACCGUUCUCGAUCCUCCCCAUCUUCUUCUCCAUCUUCUUCCUCAUCCAGUUCUCGAGAAGAAAAGGAUACCAAGAAGGAAAGAGAUGAAGAGUUCAAAACCCACCAUGAGCAGAAAGAAUAUUCCAGUUUUGCAGGAGUCAACAGGCCAAGAGGAACCUUUUUUCGAAUUAGGGGCAGAGGAAGAGCCAGAGGAGUUUUUGCUGGAACAAAUACUGGUCCCAGCAAUUCAAAUACUACUUUUCAAAAGAGACCGAAGGAAGAGGAAUGGGAUCCUGAAUAUACUCCAAAAAGCAAGAAAUACUUCUUGCAUGAUGACAGAGAUGAUGGUGUAGAUUACUGGGCCAAAAGAGGAAGAGGCCGUGGUACUUUCCAGCGUGGCAGAGGUCGUUUUAACUUCAAGAAGUCAGGUAGCAGUCCGAAGUGGACACAUGACAAAUACCAGGGGGAUGGGAUUGUGGAAGAUGAAGAAGAAACAAUGGAGAACAAUGAAGAAAAGGACAGACGCAAAGAAGAAAAGGAAUAACCCUGGAAAAAAGUUCUAGCUGAAAAAGCAGCUCUUGCACCACCCACACAACAUUUUUAAUAUGUUUUUUUGUUGUCAAAUGAAUGUAAGCAUUUUACUUAAAUUUUACUGUUGGAAAGUAGUUUAGAGGGAUUGUUUUUUGUUUUAAGCCUUUAGAAAUCUUGAUAUAGUAAACUAUGUUAAUGAUCGUACAGGUAGAAAGUAAAAUAUUUGUAACAACUUUUAAGAAAUUUUACUGUUUGUUAUAUGCAGUGUAAUUCUGCUUUGUCCAAAUAUAUGGUCAAGUACAACUCUAAAAGUUUUGAUUCUCCCCCUAUGUCUGUGUUUUAUUCUGAAGUAAACUUACAGCUCUGCACACCCAAAA